AACACGAACUGGCGCGCCUUACACUUUACUUUCAUGGAGUACACUCCUCGUUAUGCCCAGCCAUUUACCUUAAACCAGGCGAUCCAGUUGGAUAUUCCUGUGAUCACUGAAGGUUGAUUCACAACUAUGUGCUAUCAUGGAUUGGCCCAUUUUAAUCGAUGCAGAAAUCGUCCGGCUGCAGAACUCACUUCAGCAUCUCCGUGAAACCCAGGAACUCCUUGGGCAGCAUAUAACAGAGAAUCCUAACGACCAGGAUGUUGAAAUAGAGAAAGCUCUCGAGGAGAAUGAGACUGUAAUUGGAUCGCAGGAGGAGCGUAUAGGCAUCUUGAGAAUGGCCCUAGCUGAGAAAGGAAUGAUUACAGGCAGCCAUUACAACGUGGCUCCUUCUAACAGCAUUCCCGCUGAACACGACAUCCAACGGAGAGGGGACCUUGUAGCUGGAGAUCAGACGAAUGGUAUUGUAGCAGAGAGCGCCAACGAAGCUGGUAUUCAUCUAUAAAUAAUGUCUCGGGGAAAAAUGGAGCUCGAUUUCCCUAAGACUAUUGACACCGUCGCGCAUAUAAUACAGCAACGAAGGAUAAAAGUACAGAAGGUAUGAUAAGUGGUGCUUGCUUUCAAAAGAGCAUGACAGACACAACCUGCGAGGGUUCUGUCACCUCCAGGAUGAUAC